UUUGUCGCGAUCGCGGCAUGGUCUCACCAUUGUCUUAUUUUCCUAACGUUGACGGAAUAUUUGUAUUUCUUCGUAGUUAAUAAAAUUUCAUAUAUUUUCCUGACAACCAUGGUCUCGAUUGGCAAGUCCAUAGUUUUGCUUCUGUCAUUAGCAACAUUUUCGUAUUCCUUAUACGUUGUUGGACAACUUAUGUUGUUCCUUUCGACUCCUCGUUCAAUUUCGAGGGCUCACACCUGGAUCUUCAAUUUAUUGGACAAUAAGUCGCGCCUGGAGACCGCCUAUGGACCCGUAGUGUUUGACACUCUUUACCUAAUCGGUUUCAUCUUUCAACACAGCUUCCUUAAGUCAGCUUUGGUCAAGAAACUGCUCUCUAGUUUGGGUUUGUCAGGGGCAGAGCGAACUAUUUAUAGCCUGACGUCAUCAAUUUGUUUACAUUAUUUGAUUUUAAACUGGCUGCCCGCUCAAUCAAUUGUUCUGUGGCAAAUCGAUUUGGACGAUAGUACAUCCCUUUGGUGGACCUUUGUUAUUACCCAUGGAAUCUGUUGGGUGGUGAUCUUUGGUGGCAGCCUGGUGAUGGAUCUACCGGAGCUUUUAGGUGUUAAGCAAGCCUAUUAUGACCUAAAGGCUUAUGGACCGCCUAUCAACUACAAAUCCGGGGAAUUGCGCAAUCUGUAUGCUCAUGUAAGACAUCCCUCUUUUGUGGGCCUAUCAGUCAUCCUAUUCGCCACCAAUGUAAUGAGUGUAGAUCGCCUGAUUAUGGCCCUGCUACUAACAACCUACAUGUACCUGGCCUGGUCUACAGAUCACAAAGAUGUGGCCUACCAAAAGAUCCAGCUGGAACGAAAGAAACUCGAACUAAAGGCCCAGUAAAUUUAAUCUCCAUAAUGUUCUCACUAAAAAUAAGUUUUAAGGUUUUGUAUUAAAUUAUAAUUUUCUAACACAAACAAA